AGGACGCGUUGCGCGGCCCGGGCCGGAAGUCCUCGAAUUCCCGGGUGUGUGUCUGUGUCUGUGUCUCGCGGCGGUGCCGCGGCGGUCAAGCGCUUUGGGGUCCGCGUUUGAAGCGUCACCGCUGUCACUGCCGCCACCAUACCGAGUCACUUCUAGAGGGACGGAGACCCGGCCCUUCGCCGGGUGGAGAAGAUGUUGCCCCUGUCCAUCAAGGAUGAUGAAUACAAACCACCCAAGUUCAAUCUGUUCGGCAAGAUCUCAGGCUGGUUUAGGUCCAUCCUGUCGGACAAGACAUCCCGGAACCUGUUUUUCUUCCUGUGCCUGAACCUCUCUUUCGCUUUUGUGGAACUACUCUACGGCAUCUGGAGCAACUGCCUAGGCUUGAUCUCCGACUCCUUCCACAUGUUUUUUGAUAGUACUGCCAUAUUGGCCGGAUUGGCAGCUUCUGUUAUUUCAAAGUGGAGAGAUAAUGACGCUUUCUCUUAUGGGUAUGUUAGAGCAGAAGUCCUGGCUGGCUUUGUCAAUGGGCUGUUUUUGAUCUUCACUGCUUUCUUUAUUUUCUCAGAAGGAGUCGAGAGAGCAUUGGCUCCUCCAGAUGUGCACCACGAGAGACUGCUGCUUGUUUCAAUUCUUGGAUUUGUGGUAAACCUAGUAGGAAUAUUUGUUUUCAAUCAUGGAGGUCACGGACAUUCUCAUGGCUCUGGCCAUGGCCACAGUCAUUCCCUCUUUAAUGGUGCUCUAGAUCACAGCCAUGGCCACGAAGAUCAUUGCCAUAGUCACGAAGCCAAGCACGGAGCUGCACACAGCCAUGACCAUGACCACGCUCAUGGCCAUGGGCACCUGCAUUCCCACGAUGGCCCAUCCUUCAAAGCAACGGCAGGACCCAGCAGACAGAUUUUACAAGGUGUAUUUUUACACAUUCUAGCCGAUACACUGGGAAGUAUUGGUGUAAUUGCCUCUGCCAUCAUGAUGCAAAAUUUUGGGUUGAUGAUAGCAGAUCCUAUCUGUUCGAUUCUUAUAGCCAUUCUUAUAGUUGUAAGUGUUAUUCCACUUUUAAGAGAGUCUGUUGGAAUAUUAAUGCAAAGAACUCCUCCCUCGUUGGAAAAUACGCUUCCCCAGUGCUAUCAGAGGGUGCAACAGUUACAAGGAGUUUACAACUUGCAAGAACAGCACUUCUGGACACUCUGUUCUGAUGUUUACGUGGGAACCUUGAAGCUCGUGGUAGCCCCUGAUGCUGACGCCAGGUGGAUCUUAAGCCAAACGCAUAAUAUUUUUACUCAGGCUGGAGUGAGACAGCUUUAUGUACAGAUUGACUUUGCGGCAAUGUAGUCAAAGGAAGGAAACUGAUUGAGGACCAAACUUUCCCAGUACUGUGCAGUCCAAAGCAUUGUACUACCCAGUGCUCUGAAACAGAGACACGACCACUACAACUCAGAAGCACCAAGGACGCAGGUAGAGUCAGCCGCGUGUUCGAGCGGUGUCACAGCCGGAUCCUGCCCAGACUGCUGCCUGUGUGCUUUCCCUUCAAGCCAUUCUGACUGCUGAGGGUUCUGGGUUCCUUCUAGGGUAUUGGGUUAUCUUUCCCCGCUGAGGGUUCUUGCUGAUCACACUCACCCCAUCCUUAUCAUCCCACCCAGCCAGUGAGAAAUUCAGACUGGAGGCCUUCAACCUUCUGAAUGUCUUCACUAAAGCUGCUGGAAACCACUGCUUUUAUUCCCAUAAAACCAGUGUUGUUUUUACAAAAAGAAGUCUGUUUUCUAUGUAAUGUCACAGUUGUUGACGUUCUUCAGUGUAAUCAUAUGUUUGUAGAAAUAGUUUGUACCUUGCAAACUUACAAACCAAACCAUAUUGGGUUUUCAAAGUGCCUUUGUAUCAGAAAUAUAUUUGCCAGCAUAGAAAUGUACCAUCAAAGGUCAUGUGUAUGUUUUUUUAAAAAUGGGUAUUCUGUAAUUUGUACAAAAUAAGACUUGCUAGUAACAUACAUAAUUGUCUUUGUGUAUUUCCAACAUAGAUUUAUUUUGCUUUAUAAAAAAUCCAGUUAUCACAUUAAGUUACUUUGUAGCCUAUUUUCAAAAAUGCAAAUACAUUAGAAGAACUUAUUUAGACAUAAACCAUCUGCUACAUAACAGAUUUGUAUGAAAACCUUCACCUGUCUAUGGUAAAUUUUCCAGUAGUUCUCCUUGCCUGUUUAGAUUCUGUUAAUGACAAGAAAGAGCACCUUGGGUGGCAGAAAGAGUGGUGCCAGGGCCAUCGUAUGUCUUCAUAUCCUCCAGGGCCACCUAGCACAGUGUGGCUCUCUGGUUUUGUUUGCACAAAUACCAAUGACUUCCAGGAAGUCUAGGACAACAUUUGAUUGAGGAUGAACUAUUAUUACUAGAAAGCAAUUUGGUGACAAAAAAAAUCCUCACACGGGCGUCUCACAAUGGUUGAUUUUCCAGGGUCCUGGGUAUAUGAGAAGUGUAAUUGUGAUUGGCAUGGUGAGCCACACUUUUAACUCCAGCAAAAGUGGUGAUCCACUUUUGACUCAGGAGGCAGAGUCAGGGGAUCUCUGUGAGUUCAAGGCCACCCUCAUCUACAUAGUGAGUUCCAGCACAGCCAGGACUACACAGAGACCCUGGCAUAAAUUACAAAUACAUUUGAGAUGACAGGUGUCAUCUCAAGUAUUUAACACUCAAGUAUUCUUGGUGUUUUCUGAGGAUAAGCAAUUUGGGUGAACAUUUUCAGAUUGUACUUCACUUAUCACAAUAAAUAUUUACUUUAGUUUAAGUAAGUUGAUUUUGUUAGCAAAAAUUUAAAAGCCUUGCCAUGCAAAAAUAUUAAGAGUGUAGAUCAGUGACAGGCACUUUAUCAGGAAGGUGGCAGAAGUUACUGUUGAUAUGUGACUGAGUUUUCAAGUACCUUCCUGCUGUUUCUGACCAACAAUUUAUGCAUUAGCAGAGCUAUACCGCGCUAAGCGGUGGUAGAAUGCUACACAAUGUCCGUGGAGCCCUUUUUAUAAAUCAAGGAGUAAUUUCAAAGCCUAUUUGCUUUCUGGCAGGCAGUUCUAACACUAAGAUUCCCUGCAGUAGAUUGUGUUUGACUGAAACAAGUGCUGUAGUCUUUCAGGAGGGCAAGUGCAAAUGGAAUGGUCCUGAUGCUGUCCUCCGUUUUCAUUUCUGUUCUGACAUACCCCACAAUAGUCUGUGGCUUGGGGCAUACUGCUGAAGAUGAAGGUCUAGAUGAAGGCAGAGACUCCAGAUGUGAGGGACGUGUUACAAGCCAGUCCUGGCAAUUGUUGGCGUUGUAUGUGUGGUGUUGUAUGCUGUGCCUGAAAUUUACCAAAUCUGCUUUCCACUGGGCUUUUAGUUCUAAGUGAAGUUUUUGUCAAAAUGUGUCAUUCUGUUUAACGAGGCGCUCAGUGCACAAACCCAUGAGCGUUGCUGGUCCCUUUGAUGAGGCAUAGAAUACGUCUGAUGUGAAACUGAUUUUGCACUUUGUUCCAAGAGCUUGCCAUUUAUCUGGUUGGCUUUGACAUUUUUUGCUUAAUUAAAUGUAGGCAUACCUGUAUGUAUUUUUUUUUAAAGAAAACUGAUAUAAUAUUGCUCCUGAAACAAUGUUGACCAAACACUCUGCCUUCUGCAUCCUGCCCCAUUAACAUCGAUGACCUCCCAUGCCCUCUGCCUUCUGCAUCCUGCCCCACUAGCAGCGAUGCCCUCCCACGGCCAUGCACUCUGGUUACUGUUCUUCAACUAAUACUUGGAAGUGAAGAAUUUGCUGCUUCCUCCUGCAUGGUGCUGGCUAUGGUUGCCUCUUCUGGGACAGCUUGAACAGUCCGGAAGAGCUGGGUAGGAUAGGGAGCCUGUGAGGGCUGCACUGUCCUCAGAACUUCUGAGGGCUGUCCAACUUCCACCGGAUCUUUGGGGUUUGCAGUUUUAGAAUUCCCCGGCUUUAGAAUUGUAGCGGCCCCUCCUUUAAUUCCUGGACUUGAAGAUACUCUUGAUCGGUUUGCUUGAUUCCAAGUUGAUGUGGUUGUUGACGAUGAGGACUGAUCCGAAGACUCUAUGCUGGAACCUGGAUCCUCAUCAUCUAUGUAUAUAAGAUCUUUUGGCAUUUCUUUAAACUGAUACACCAAGCGCUGACCUUUCACUUCUGUGAGAAUACCUCUUUGGUAAUAGUACCUGAGUGCUCUCCCCAUGGUCUCGUAGUUCAUGUCAGGUUUGUUUUUGUGCUUCCCCCACAAUCUAGACACGGCUAUAGAAUCGACCAGCUUAAAAAUGCCCUUUUCUCACUGUGUCCAUUUGAUGUACUUAGGACAGGUAGCUGUGUCCUGAAGCAGAGCCAGUAAAAACUCCCAAAGGUAAAUUGUUUCCCUUCCCAUCUUUAUUUUUCUUUUUCACAGAUAUAUUUGGCGUAGUCACCGGGGAAUCUGGCCGUGGUGGUUUUGUUUUUCUUCCUUUCUUUCUUUUAGGCUGCUCUGGGAGGAGGCUCCUGCGGAGUCUGCAUUUGUCUCUUGCACUUGCUAAGUCUCUAUCACUUCAUGAAUCCCAUCUAAUGUGACGGACACAUGGGUGAUUGGGGCAACGAUGUCUUCUUGAAAGGAGCUAAAUAUAUUAUUAUUGAUUCGCUUUUCAUCCAGUACAGGAGGGCUGGGAGAAUCUAUAUUGAGGAGUGCCUCGGAAGCCUCAAUGGUCUCAGUUGUUUCAUCUCCAUUAUGACAAGAAUCCUCAACUGUAAGGGUGAUGUUGUCAUCGUCAUCAUCUGUGAUUUCUUCUUUAGCAACAUCCAAUGAGCUCUCAGUAAUCAUGUCAUUAGGCUCUUCCACACAGGCUAGGCCAGCAUAACUAUUGAGAAUAUUAGCACCAGGAACAUGUUCCACAGUAACAGCAGGAAAUAUAGCCGGAUCGCCAAGCUUUGUUGGAAGUACUUUAAAUGUACUCUGUUCUGGUAUUAUAGGGUGAAGCCACCUCACUUUCAAACUGUAGUCUUCUCCAGAAGGAAUUUUCACCAAAGCAGACAACUCUUUCUGAAGAUCCCACAUAUACAUCAUUCUUCCGAACAUUCUUGAUCAUAAGUGUAGUGAUUGCUUGAGAUUCGGUUUGAUACCGGUCACACUUGAUUAUUGACUGGGUCCUCUGAGAUGCAGACACUUGAGAUUCUGAUCCAUUCCGAAUCUCUCGGCAUCUUUUAAUCCAGAUGUCCAGAUUUGUACCUGUACUGUCUAAUUUCUGCACAUGUGUCUAAGGCAGAAGCGUAGUCUUUGUCCAGGUGUUCAUAUAUCCCUUUCCGCAGGAUAGCAGUAAAAUCAUUUGGAUUGCGUUCAAGAGACUUCUUUACAUUGGCAAUACCAUCACGGUAUUUCCCAGGAAGAAUGUGACAAUAAGCUCUCUGACAGUGAUACUGUGUGUCAUCGGGAUCUGUUCCAAAGCCUUAGUCAGCUCCUCUAACGCUGCCUGGGGGUCCCCGUCGAGCAGAGCAUCCGAGAAGCUCUGGAAAAGGCGCUGGGACGAUGCAGGUCCUGCUGCAGCUGCCGCCAUCCCUAGGAGUCACGGAAGCUGCAGUCUGAGCGUUUUCUACCUUGGUUACCAGCGCCGCCGCCGCCCAGGAGGGGCUGUACGUAUUUUUUUUUUUUUAAAUGUGAACAGAAACACUUUUCACAGAAAAGAAAAGCUUGUCUUUUAGUAUCCUCCAUACAGAUGUAUUACUAGCAGGUGGUUUUACUAAGAAAAACCGUCUGAUUAUGGUAAUAAAAUAAAUUUCAAAUACUCUUAACAUUAGGCUAAUAUUGUUACUAAACAAAAAGCCAAUCUGAGUGUACAGUUGCCAGUCUAUGAAUAACCAAAGGUUUUUCUUUUUCCUCUGAAUAACAAGCCUACAUUGUUCCGGGAAAGUUUACCUUACCAGCUAAGCAUCCCCAGCUCGGUAUAUUUUUUAAAAUCUAUUGUACUACUUGAUGAAGAACUUGACCUAAGUCCAGCCUCCUUCUUUUGAAGCCUGUCUGUCUGUCUUUCUGGAGGACAGUAUCUAGCAUGUAGAGGCUACUUUUCCCUUUCUGUCACCACCCUCUUCUGUAGUGGCGGCAUAAGAACAUGGUCACAGAUAUCAUUUUGAUUUCUCCUUAUCUAGAUACUUAAGAACCUACAAAUAUGUACCAGGAACCAAAAUACUGCCAUGUCCGUAUGCCUCUAUAGAGCAGCCACAUCGCUAACUCCCAGUGUAGCUGGUGUGAACUGUCAUGAUUCUACGAUGGUAACAUGGGAACCAACCUGGGGUAGGAUGCUGGGAUUUGAGAGUACCGCAUUGCUUAAGAUAGAACUUUACACCUGAGCAAAGGCUGCUGGGAGCGCUGUGCUUCCACCUCUCAGUGUCAGGUGAGAGACAGUAAGAUUCCAGGGAUCAGUGGUGGCAAAGCCAAGGCUCAAAUGUGAUCAUCCAGUCGAGAGUUCUUUACACUGUACUGUGCUGCUCCCGUGCGACAUUGCCAUUCUGUAAAUGUGACUAAAUGUGGCUUGUAAAUAAAGAACUCUGACCUCUAGUUUUGGUUCAUUAAGGCCCUUUAGAUGUACAAUGUUGUCUCAUUUCUCGUGUAUAAUUAAGUUUGGAUUAUUUCCAAAGUAUUUGUUGUGGAAUAAAUUAUAGUAAUUUUUUUCUUCUAAAACCAGUGUUCUUGACUUGAAAAAAGAAAAAAUGUUCUCUAGAUACUUUGAACUUGGGAAUAAAUUUUUAUUAAUUGCCCACACUCAGUCCAUUUAAUGCUGGCUUCCUUUCCUAAUUUUGCUUAGAUGUUAUAAACUGGUUCCUUUUGGCUAUCAGGCUGGUUCACCAGUCAUGCCAUUUCAGCCCUGCGUGACAUACUUUUUCAGUCACUGGACAGUGUUUUUACUUUAAAACUUUUCAGAGCUGUGCAAAAUGAGACAGUAGAUGUAUGGAGCACAUCUUUUAUUUCAGUCAGGUAUAUUUUUGAAGUUGUAAUCAGAACUGCAAAUACUAGGCCACUGCCUUUGACUCUGUAAAUGCAUUACCUUGGCCAAGUUAAGCUUUUCUUUUUCUUUCUACAGAAAGUCACCAUUGUUGAAACACAUUAUUUUCCAAUCCAUAAGAAUCCUAGCAGGGGUGCAGUAGAACUCUUUUAUUCUCUGAAGAGCAUUCAGUUCAAGUUCCAUGAAGCACUCUUAGGAAGUGAUUUCCAGAGGCCACCUCAGUGAUUCAGAGCUAACUUAGAAUCAAGACAAAGUGAUUGUCUAGAUAGACAAAGAUUGUCUAUCAGGAGUGUUCGCAGAAAUGUAACAGAGAGGCGUAGCCGUUCCAUUGAAAUGUCAAAUAGGUGGGGCUUCAGCGAUGCACUCAUCUUUGGUUUAUAUUUAGCCAUUUCCUAACUGCACAGAUAACACAGAAAACAAGGUAGGUCUCCUGUGCUAAGUAUUGAUAUAUCCAGGUACUUAUGUGGCUUUGCUCAGUUUCUCACUCACAUUUUUAUGAAGAGAAUUUUGCAUGAUUUUAUGAUUGACAGCAUCUUAAAAUCUAGUUUGUGAUCCUCCUAGCACGGAGAAGGAAUCCUUAUCUGGGAAAAGUCUGUGGUACAGUAGCAAUUCAGUCUUUUCUAGUGACUGUGUUUUUAAAAGCCCGUCAGCAACACUAUGAAGAUCCAAGAAGCUGUGGCUGAUCUGGUUAGGCUUCUGGAAAGUCAGUGGACACUAGUGAUGCCAUUGCUAUGGGGAUACUGACAGACUGCCCCCAAACUGUUUCCUCCUGUGCUGUAAGACGUUUGCUUUGUAACUUGGUCACGGAUCCAAGCCCAUGCUGGGGGAAAUGGCACUAGUGCUCCUUACAUCCCUCUAAAAGGCAGUUAGGGGAAACUUUCACUGGAAGUCAUGGUAGCGUUGCUCACUGGCUGACUGCGCCAGCGUGAAGAACAGAGUGCCUGCCCUCAGGACCAUCGUGGGGGGCAUCACCUGCCAAGAAGCACAGAUCGAUGUUCAGCUUUAAGUAGUAUCUGAUUUACAACACUGUGUUUUACUUAAACCUUGUCAAUGGAAGAAAUCUACUUCAUAAAUAGAAGCCUGUGCCUUCCCACAGCUUUGAACAUGAAUUUGUAAUUCUGAUUACGAUGUUGGAAAGCAUGAAAAACAAAAACAAUGGUUGCAUAUGCUUUUAUACCCCCACGCCUUGGGGUAUGUUAAGAUUCUCGUGAAACAGUUACGAGGAACUCCUAGUAGAGAGUAGCAGGCACAGACCGAAGCUGCAGCUCACUGCAGAAAGUGUACUUGGCAGUUGUGGAUUUCUGUACCGACCGGUCUUCUGUUGACUUUGUCCUUUCCCCCCAGGUACCGAGUUACUCAGUCUGCUCUCCACUGUCCAUGUUGUUGGGAUCCGGCACAACCGAGCCUGUGUACUGGGACCCUCUGGACUGGGUACAGCCAUGCUGGGGGUUGUUUGGGUGGGGAAUUGCCAUAUUGCUGUUUCUUUAAGGACUAUCAACUCUCCCUGGAUAUUUUGUCACUCAGAACUCUUUCAGAGGUAUUUCUUGAAGGUGCUUCUAAUGAAAACACAUGGGUAUUACGUGAUCUAAAUGUCCCUCGAAUUCACUUAACUUUUCUUGUCCUUGUUUCCCUUCAAAUAUGUUGUCUAUAUUUUCUCCCCUAAUUUGGAAACAAUGUGACUGAAAUUUUUCCCAAUCUCACCUUCCUAAACACCCACCCGCUCAGCACUUCACUUCCCUGCCUGUAAUGGUUGAAAAACAUGUGGCCAGUUCUGGACCUGGGGUUGGUUCCUUGAUGAAGAUGAUGCCUCAAAACAGUUCUAAAAAUGUUUACAUUACAAGGCUAGGUUGGGAAUGUCACAUAUAAAACCUGGAUGGUUUGAAAAUGCUGCCAUGAACAGUUAUGACUUGCCCACAUGCACUACAGUAAACCCACAAUGUAUCUUUCACCUUUUCUACUUGCACACAUUGACAUAUGUACUUUGUUUAACCGCAGUGUAUUUGAAAAUGAUCAUAAACAGCUGUAUUGAAAUUUUGUUUUCAAUUAAAUUUCUGUGUAAAAGUC